ACAGACAGAACCUGGAGGCUAGGGAUGCAGGCAGCUGAGAUAGCUACAGGCCCAGAGGUGCUAAGGGUGAGAAGGCGUAAUGAGUCUUCUCGAUUUGGACCCCUCUAGGGGGCUUACCCUGGGGACACCCAGGAGGAGGUGAGAGGUAGGCUGGGAUGUGGGAAACAGGUCCUCACCAGCCCAAUGGCAGGCUGCAGUGUUCCUGCCAUCAAACCGGUGCUGAGCUUCAGCUAGAGGGCUGUCAAUGGGGAGAAGGUACUGCUGGGCUCCUGGCCCUGCCAGGUAUCCCUGCAGGACAGCAAAGACUUUCACUUCUGCGGUGGUUCCCUCAGCAGCCAGGCCUGGAUGGUCAUUGCUGCCUACUGCAAUGUUGUCCACUUUGUCAUCCUGGGCGAGUACGACCCAUCAUCCAGUGCUGAGACUUUGCAGGUUCUGUCCAUCUCUCGGGCCAUCACGCACCCCUCUUGGAACCCCACCACCAUCAAUAAUGAUCUUACACUACUGAAGCUCGCCUCCCCAGCCCAGUACACAACAUGUAUCUCACCAGUUUGCCUGGCUUCCUCAAAUGAGGUGCUGCCUGAAGGCCUCACGUGUGUCACCACUGGCUGGGGCCGCCUCAGUGGCAUGAACAAUGUGACUCCGGCAUGCCUGCAGCAGGUGGUUCUGCCCCUGGUCACCGUGAGUCAAUGCCAGCAGUUCUGGGGCUCACACAUCACCAACUCCAUGAUUUGUGCAAGUGCUUCAAGGGCCUCCUUGUGCCAGAAUGACUCCAGAGGUCCUCUUAUCAGCCAGAAUGGGAAUGUGUGGGUGCUUACUAGUAUUGUUUCCCGGGGCACCAGUGACUGCAAUGUGUGUGCACCUGCCAUGUACACUCAGGUUAGCAAGUUCAGCACCUGGGUCAAUCAGGCAUAG